AGGGGACGAAAGUGCUAGUUCUUCCUUUUAUUUUUUUUAAUUCUACAGUUUUUAUUACCACCCCUCACCCUCAUAUCCGGCCAUGGAGGCUCCGUCGGCAGGAAACAGAUCCAUCUUUAUGUGCAAGCUCUGUAACUUAUUUUCCCCGAACCAGUCACAACUGCUGUCUCAUGUCUCCGAGAAGCAUUCCGAAGAAGGGAUAAAGGUGGAUGACAUCGUUAUUCCUCUCAGACCUCUUACGACGCCGGCAAAUCUAAAUAAAAAUGGAGAAGAGCUUCUCGUAGUGAAGAGGAAAAGAGGCAGGCCGAAGGGAUCGACCAAGAAAUUUUACGCUGAUGAAGAACUGGCAGAAAGCAGCAACUGCGCUCCAAGCGAGGGUGCUGCAGUGGGACCGGAGGAAGGAGGGGAGCUGGCGGAAAUUCCUCCAGGCAACCUGGAAUGCCGGAAGUGCAACCGGAAAUUCUCCAAUUCCCGGCAGUUACGGAAGCAUAUCUGCAUUAUUGUUAAACCCGAAGAUUUGGAGGAGGAAGGUGAUGCAGGUAAUGAUUCUGACGUUGACCUUGACAGGAGGGAAGACGAGCGAGAAAAAACGCCCAAGAGGCAACGGCUUCAGAGAACCGAGAAGAGCCUUUCAGCAAAGGACGCAGACCAGCUCUCGGGAGCUAAGAAUCCUAUUAUAAGUGUGGUUCUGACAGCCCACGAAGCAAUUCCAGGAGCUACAAUGAUAGUUCCAGUCGAGGCUGCAGCCGCUCCUGAAACGGAACAGCCAGCAAACCCAGAGACAGUGCCGCCAGACUCCUCUCAGCGAAGAGGCUACCAGGAAUAUGCCAUUCAGCAAACCCCUUACGAGCAACCGAUGAAAUCAAGCAGAUUGGGCGCGACCCAGCUGAAGAUCUUCACCUGCGAAUACUGCAACAAGGUGUUCAAGUUCAAGCACUCCCUCCAGGCCCACCUGAGGAUCCACACCAACGAGAAGCCUUACAAGUGCUCCUUCUGCAGCUACGCCAGCGCCAUCAAGGCCAACCUGAACGUCCACCUGCGGAAGCACACGGGGGAGAAGUUCGGCUGCGACUACUGCCCGUUCACCUGCCUGAGCAAAGGCCACCUCAAGGUGCACGUGGAGAGAGUCCACAAGAAGAUCAAGCAGCACUGCCGCUUCUGCAAGAAGAAGUACUCGGACGUCAAGAACCUGAUCAAGCAUAUCAAGGAAGCGCACGACUUGCGAGACAAGAAAGUGAAGGACGUCUUUGACGAGCUCCGGCUGAUGACCCGCGAAGGGAAGAGGCAGCUGCUGUACGACUGCCACAUCUGCGAGCGCAAGUUCAAGAACGAGCUGGACCGCGACAGGCACAUGGUGGUCCACGGGGACGAGAGGCCCUUCGCCUGCGAGCUGUGCGGCCACGGAGCCACCAAGUACCAAGCGCUCGAGCUUCACGUCCGAAAGCACCCGUUUGUGUACGUCUGCAGCGAGUGUUCGAAGAAGUUCGUCAGCUCCAUCAGGCUCCGCUCGCACAUCAAGGAAGCGCAUCGGGACUUGCAGGAGGCUUCCGUUUUUAACAGCUCCAUCAAUCGGAGCUUUUGCCUCCUGGAACCGGGAGGGGACAUUCAGCAAGAAGCGCUUGGGGAGGAGUUGUCGCAGACCGCGGCUGAGCUCUCGCUUUUAAACUCGAAGGAGUUGUGUAUACCGAAAAAGUCGGGCGAAUCAAGUGCGGUGGAGGGAAGCCAGGAUGAGGACCCCGGUGGCAAUUUGGAAACUUUCCCUGCUCCUCCUGUAGAAUCUGAUAGCUCUCCAGUUGCAAGUGGAACAGAUUCACAGUGCCAGCCUGCGGCAGAAUUAGCCUCGCCAGAUGCGUGCCCAAUUAGCGCUUCGGAUGACUUUCUACAGGAAAGUACUCCUUUGGCUUUGGAUGAAGCGAAGACCCUCCCUGGAAAGGACUUGUCUCCUGACCAUUCAUUAAAUUCGAAAGGCGAAGUAAUGCAGCUUUCUGGAGAUGGGAGCCCCAGUAUAAACCAGAGCGAGCAAGUUCCGCAGUGUGCUCCUGUCCCUGAAGAAAAGGGCCAAACCCUGUGUCUAGAUACUCAGGAAGCUGACAAGUCAGAUGCUGAAAAGGCAGACUCCCCCACGCCAGUGUCCCAUCUGGAAUCCAACACCGCGAUCAGCGAGAAUUCAGAUUCUUGCACGUUGCCUUCAGAGAAUCGGACCGGAGCUGCGGCCUUUAUGCAGAUUUUGGAUAGUUUGCAAAAACGGCAGAUGAACACCGCCUUGUGCGAGAAGAUCAGGAAAGUCUACGGAGACUGGGAGUGCGAAUACUGUGGCAAGUUGUUUUGGUACCAGGUGCAUUACGACAUGCACGUCCGCACUCACACGCGAGAGCACCUCUACUACUGCUCUCAGUGCAGCUACUCAUCCAUCACCAAAAACUGCCUUAAACGACACGUCAUCCAGAAGCACAGCAACAUUUUGCUGAAAUGUCCCACGGAAGACUGUGAUUAUUCAACCCCAGAUAAAUACAAACUCCAGGCCCAUCUGAAAGUGCACACAGAGUUGGACAAAAAGAGUUAUUCCUGCCCUGUGUGCGAGAAAUCUUUUACCGAAGACCGACUUAUAAAAUCGCACAUAAAGACAAACCACCCAGAGGUUUCCAUGAACACCAUCUCCGAGAUUGUUGGCAGGAGAGUUCAGCUAAAAGGGCUGAUAGGAAAGCGAGCCGUGAAAUGCCCCUAUUGCAAUUUUUACUUCAUGAAGAAUGGAUCAGACCUUCAGCGUCACAUCUGGGCCCAUCAAGGCAUCAAGCCUUUCAAAUGCUCCCUGUGCGAAUAUGCCACUCGCAGCAAGAGCAACCUGAAAGCUCACAUGAACCGCCACAGCACUGAGAAGACCCACCUGUGCGAUAUGUGCGGGAAGAAGUUCAAAUCGAAAGGCACCCUGAAGAGCCACAAGCUCCUCCACACCGCCGAUGGGAAACAGUUCAAGUGCACAGUGUGCGAUUAUACUGCCGCACAAAAGCCACAGCUGCUGAGGCACAUGGAGCAGCAUGCUUCGUUCAAGCCUUUCCGGUGUGCACACUGCCAUUAUUCCUGCAACAUAUCUGGUUCUCUGAAGAGACAUUACAACAGAAAGCAUCCCAAUGAAGAGUAUGUUAAUGCUGGCUCUGGAGAGCUUGCUGCCGAAGCCCUUCUCCAGCAAGGUGGUAUUAAGUGUCCAGUUUGCAACUUUGUGUAUGGUACAAAGUGGGAAUUCAACAGACACCUCAAGAACAAACAUAGACUCAGAUUGGUCGAGUAUGACGGGGAGACAAAGUGGGAGCCCAAAGCAGAAAUUGCUGAAGAAACACAGUAUCUCCAUAUCACGGAAGCCGAAGAUAUGCAAGGAACUCAGGCCGCAGUUGCUGCUCUACAGGACCUGCGAUAUACCUCGGAGAAUGGGGGACGACUUGACCCCACGGCUGUGAACAUCCUGCAGCAAAUCAUAGAGCUGGGCUCGGAGCCCCACGAUGCAGCUGCCGUCGCCUCUGUCGUUGCCAUGGCCCCAGGAACUGUUACUGUCGUGAAGCAGGUGACAGAAGAGGAGCAGUCAGCCAACCACACGGUGAUGAUUCAGGAAACAUUGCAGCAAGCUUCCGUCGAGCUGGGCGAGCAGCACCAUUUGGUCGUCUCCUCCGACGAGGUGGAAGGGAUCGGGACAGUGACAGUCUACACCCAGGGGGGAGAGGCCUCUGAACUUAUUGUGUAUGUGCAAGACAUGCAGCCUGUGGAGGAGCAGGUGGAGGAGCAGCAGCAGCCUGGACAGAAAAUCUAGAUAAAAUUCCCAAGGGAUACCAGCCUUCUGGUACCGCCAAACUGCUGCAUGCUUUGUUUUCCAAUGUGUAUUUAAUGUUGGGCAAGAACAGAACCUCCCGCAGCUGCUACUCUAUCAUAUGUUUAGUCUUUGGCAGAUGGCGCACGUGGUUGUUGACUGGACUGGUGGCUUCUUCUUUUUGCCAGUAAAUGUUCUGGUACGUACCGAGCCAUGCGCAGCUUCCUUUCACUCCCCUGCUCGUAAGGAACGCCUGAAGUCGCAGCAAACAGAUCCAUGCAGAUG